AUGCCGCCGCCGCCACCGCCGCCGAGAAAGACCGACCCCAAGGCGUCCGCUGCCGCAAAGGAGGAGAAUAUCUACAUUCCCUCUUUCAUCAGUAAACGUCCCUUUUAUGCCGGCGAAGAAGGCGAUGACCAGACCGACUACCUUGAGCAUCAGCGUAUUCAGAAGAAAAACGAGCAGUCACAAUGGUACGAUCGCGGUCGCAAGGCUGGCCCGGCAGCCACAAAGUAUCGGAAAGGCGCAUGCGAAAACUGCGGCGCCAUGACGCACAAAGCCAAAGACUGCCUCAGUCGGCCGAGGGCGAAAGGCGCAAAGUGGACUGGCAGGGACAUUCAGGCCGACGAGGUCGUUCAGGACGUCAAGCUUGGCUGGGAUGCCAAACGCGAUCGCUGGAAUGGAUACGACUCUAAGGAGUAUCGAAAUGUCGUCGAGGAGUUCAACGAGAUGGAGAAGCUAAGGAAGCAGGCGCUUGCCAAGGGCGAGACGGAGGAGGAGGAGCAGGACGAUGGCGAUAAGUACGCAGAGGAAAACGACAUGAGCAAGCAUCAGAGCACAGCUACACGCCAGCUGAGAAUACGAGAGGAUACGGCAAAGUACCUGGUCAACCUGGACUUGGAAUCCGCAAAGUACGACCCAAAGACGAGAUCCCUCGUGGACGGCGGCGCAACAGUGGACAAAGCCGCGAAUCUCUUUGCAGAGGAAGGCUUCAUGCGCGGCUCAGGCGACGCCGGCGAGUUCGAGCAAGCACAGCGAUACGCUUGGGAGGCCCAGGAGAAGAGUGGUGACACCACAAAACAUUUGCAAGCCAACCCCACGGCUGGAGAGUUCUACAGGAAGAAGGAGAAGGAAGAGGCCGAGAAGAAACGUGCGGAGCGGGAGAAGAAGCUCAAGGAACUGUACGGCGAUAACUCGCAAUACACCAUGCCCGAUGAGCUGAAGAAUGUCAUUACCGAGUCGGAGAAAUAUGUCGAGUAUGACGAGAGCGGCCUCAUCAAGGGCGCGCCCAAGGUUAUCGCCAAGUCAAAGUACCCCGAGGACGUGUACAUCCACAAUCACACAUCUAUCUGGGGCAGCUGGUGGUCAAAUUUUCAAUGGGGCUACGAAUGCUGUCACUCGGUGGUCAAGAACAGUUACUGCACGGGUGAGGAGGGCAAGUUGGCUUGGGAAGCGUCUGAACGGCAACGGACUGGUGCUUCGUUGGCGCUGCAGAUGGAGCAACAAGCAGAGAUUCCAAAGGCGGAUGAUACUCCGGUGAACAAGCCGGCGACAAAGCGGACAGCAGAAGAGAUGAUGGGCGGUGUCACUGAGGAAGAGAUGGAGGAGUACAGGAGAAAGAGGACAGCGGCGAACGACCCGAUGGCUAAGUUCCUGGGCAAGGAUGAAUUGGUCUAG